CAAGCGUUUGAAAAUAGCCUCGCUUUAACUCGCUUCCCCGGUCGUUGAAUCUCUCUCUCUCAGGGAAACAAUCUGAGCUCAUCCAUCGUUGUCUUCCUUUAGAGUAAUCACUGCCCAGGCUUUCUCUUAGCACUUUGGUUUCCCACCCAGAGAUGGAGUGUGGAGCCAGUUUCUGGUGAUACCGAGCCGAAAAAUACGUGAUUUGGCUGUGGUUCCUCUUGAGCAUCGCCUAUUCUCGUAGGAAGAAGACGGAAUCUUUGCAAAAUCUCUGUCGUUUUUUCUCAAAUCUGUAAUUCUCAGCCAUUUCUCGGAUUUUUUUGCUAGUUUUUAUGUCAGUGAUUCCUCAAAAUCGCUUCUUCUGUCCAUCAGUUAGAUUUUCUGUUUGUUUCUCGUUUUACUGGAAACCCUAUCGAGAACCAUCUCUUAUUUUUAGGCUAUGAUUUUUCUUAAGGUUUCCAUUCGCCACCUUCAUUGUAUCGCAGAAUCCCUUCCGGGGUUGCCGCAAUAUCGAAUCUUUCAAGGUCUCGGUGUUGAAAUCUUGUCAUUUACUCGAUUAUAACAGAGAAUCUCUACCAUAAGAUCUCUCCUUUCCAGUUCUCCAGCUGGGAAAUCAGCUGAAUCUUCUGGUGUGAUCUCAUGGGAGUUGCUCUUAAUUCUAUUUGACAUCCCUAUAUCAAAUUCUUCUCCGCCACUUCGGCCAAGAAGCAUCCUUGGAUCUCAUUUGGCCAAGCUUGUUCAACUGUUCUCGAUCACUGUCAAAAGAUUUUAUGUAGGUGCCUUGUCGUGCUUUAGUUGUCUUCUUCUCAAGUAAUUAAUUCCAUGGGCAACGCAUUGAUUUGCUUAUCAAAGAAGGAGAGAGGUGGCAUCGGGUCACGGAGCAAGCGAACCUCGAAUUCGAGGUCACAGAGGAAGAUGGUGUCCGAAGAGGAGCAGCUGCAUCGCCAGGCCCUGGCUUUGGCGAUCCAGCAGCACCAGCUAUCGCAGCGGUUCGAUGGCUCGAUGUCCCGGAGGAUUGGGUCCACAAGCUCUCGGAGGCGGGACCUUCCUGAUUCAAUCACCAAUGGAAAGCAGGUCCCAGUUUCUCUCGAGAAUCUUGAAACAAAGAAAAUUAUUCUAGUCCAUGGAGAAGGAUUUGGAGCGUGGUGUUGGUACAAGACUAUUUCUCUGUUGGAGGAAGUAGGAAUGCAGCCUGUUGCUCUGGAUCUCACAGGGUCUGGGAUAGACCACACCGAUACAAAUAGCAUAACAACUUUGGCAGACUACACAAAGCCAUUGAUAAAUUACCUGCAAGACCUUCCUGAGGAUGAAAAGGUUAUUUUGGUUGGCCAUAGCUGUGGAGGUGCUAGCAUGUCGUAUGCACUAGAGUGUUUCCCAAAAAAGAUCACCAAAGCAGUAUUUGUUAGUGCUACAAUGGUACUGGAUGGGCAAAGACCUUUCGAUGUGUUUGCUGAAGAACUAGCAUCUGCUGAUGUUUUCUUGCAAGAGUCUCGAUUUCUAGUCUAUGGCAAUGGAAGAGACAAGUCUCCUACUGGCCUUGUGUUGGACAAGCAACAAAUUAAAGGACUAUACUUCAACCAGAGUCCUUCCAAGGAUAUAUCUUUGGCCGCAGUAUCAAUGAGACCCAUCCCACUGGCACCAAUCAUGGAGAAGCUGUCUCUAACCCCAGAAAACUAUGGCUCUGUCCAUCGGUAUUUCAUCCAAACACUUGAUGACCGCAUAGUCUCACCCGACAUCCAGGAGAAGCUGGUCCGGGAGAACCCACCUCACAGGGUCUACAAGAUCAAAGGCAGCGAUCACUGCCCGUUCUUCUCAAAGCCACAGUCUCUGAACAAAAUUUUGCUUGAAAUCGCCCAGCUCUAAUAGAUACUGCAGGUUCCAUGAGGUUACAGUAGAAUGAAAUGGCCUAUGAGCUAUAGGCCGUAUAGAAUCGGUCAGCUAAUAGGAUUCACAGAAGAAGAUAUUUUAUUAAAAAUUUUGGAUGUCUGGGAGGAGAAACAUGCUCAAAUAAUGUUGAUUGGAAAGGGUGAGUCCUACAGAAAUGCCUGUAAAUCUGAAAGCUGCUUUCCAUCCAUCAAGUAUGGAGCGAAUUGAUCAUCGCAGAUAUCGUUCAUUUCAGUGAGACUAGGCACCUUCCGGGCUUCAGAGAGUGCUAACGUCUCCUUAAUUGGUUCUACCUGGGUUGCAGGAAAGAACCAUCUGCCUUGACUACUGCACCUGCUCCCAAAGCUAAUUUAUUUUCGGACAUUUCUGAGCUUUCUAAUGCUUGUAUAAGUAGCUACCAAAUGUUCCUCAAGAACCUUGACAUCAGAUUAUGAGAUUUAAUAUAUGGGAGUACGUAGAUGUUGAAUCUACUUAGUUAUUUGCAUGAUCA